UGCUUCGGAGGAGGAAAUCCUGAUCUCGCCUUGCGCCCUAUCCAGGGAGCUGAUCCUGCGCAUCGAUCCUCUCCCGGCGCCGCCGCUUGUAUCCCUUUCACCUGCGCUGCUGGGAAGCCUUUGCACGAAAACAUGGCCGAGGCUCAGGCUGGCUCUGGGAAGGUGACUCUUUUCAGCCAGAAAAAACGAGGGGGCCUCACCUACCGCAUCCCGGCGCUGCUUUACCUGCCCUCCGAGUCCACCUUCCUGGCGUUUGCAGAAGAGCGCUCAUCCCCCCGAGACGAAGAUGCUAAGUUCCUGGUGAUGAGGCGAGGGCGGAAGGAAGGAACGUCCGUUCAGUGGGGUCCUCAGGAGCCCCUGCCGAUGGCCACGCUCCCCAAAUACCGCACCAUGAACCCCUGCCCGGUGCACGAGGAGAAGAGCAGAACCACUUUCCUGUUCUUCAUCUGCGUUCUGGACCACGUCACGGCCCGGCGGCAGAUCGCGACGGGGAGGAACGCCGCCAAGCUCUGCUACGUCUCCAGCCAAGAUGGCGGCCGCACCUGGAGCCAGGCGGUGGACUUAACCAGGCAGAUGUUUGGAGGCGAGCGGAGGAAGUGGGCCACCUUUGCCGUCGGGCCGGGCCACGGCAUGCAGCUCGGCUCCGGGCGCCUGGUGGUCCCGGCGUACGCCUACCGCACCCGCAAACGUUGCUUUUGCUUCUGCCCGCUCUGCUGCGCGGCUCCCCAUUGCUUCGCUUUGCUCAGCGACGACGGAGGGCGCAGCUGGGCACGGGGCCGGCUCCUCGAGGACUUGCGAGCCACCGAGUGCCAGCUGGCUGAGAUCAACCGCCAGGACGGAAGCCGCUUGUUGUACAUCAACGCCCGGCAUUCGGGCUGGAGCCGCUGCCGCGCUGAGGCCUUCAGCGCCGAUAACGGAGGCCAUUUCCAUAAGUCCUUUCUUUGCAAGCAGCUGCCUGAGCCGCCUCACGGGUGCCAGGGCAGUGUGGUGAGUUUCGCCCCGGCGCCGAAAGCCUCGGAUCUGGGCCUAGAGGAAGGCGCAGGCGAAUCGGCGUCUCUGCUGGGUGUCAAUCCCUCCUCAGAGCGGAGGAGCGCCAAGUCAUGGCUGGUCUUCUCCCACCCCACAAACAGUCACAAGCGUUCGGAUUUGGGCAUCUACCUGAACCCCUCUCCGUUGGAGAAGGGGUGCUGGGCAGCCCCUUGGGUGCUGAACAAAGGGCCCAGCGGGUAUUCGGACCUGGCCGUGUGCCAGGAGGAGGGCAAGCCGGUGAUGUUUGGGUGCCUGUUUGAAUGCGGGGCGGCGGCGGCGUGCGAAGAAAUUGCCUUUCAGCUUUUCAGUGACGUUGAGCUUCUGAAGAACCUAAGGCCUGGGAAUCGUAGAAUCGCAGAGCAGUCAGGGACCCCGAGGGUCAUCUAGUCUAACCCCCUGAAAUGCAGGAAUCUCAACUAGAGCAUCCAUGACAGAUGGCCGUCCAACCUCUGCUUGAAAACCUCCAAGGAAGAAGAGUCCACCACCCUCUAGAGAUGGAGGAUCAGCCAGCAGCACCAACAGCCAGGAAUGAUGGGAGUUGUAGUUCAGCAUCACUGGGGAAACCCAGCCAGAUGGGUGGGGUAUAAAUAAAUUAUUAUUAUUAUUAUUAUUAUUAUUAUUAUUAUUAUUAUUAUUAAUUUGGAGUGUCACAGUUAGUCACCCCCUGAUCUAAGGGAAGGGUGUUCAUGCCUUCAAAGGCCCUUUGACCUUAAAAUGACCCAGCUGAUUUCUCCAUAACUUCAUGGGUUGUGCAGAUCUUGGGUGAUUUUUGGACUCAGUUGGAUGAAGAAGCCUUGGAACAGAACAGGCACCACUUCUGAAUAGUGUCUUGAAUCAUAGGACCAGGUGCCCAGCCUGGGAGUCAUUUUGGACUCCCAGCUGUCCAUGGAGGCUCAGGUCAGUUCUGUGUCCAGGGCAGCUGUUUA